GGCUCCUUGUAAUAAAGGCUAUGAUCCAAAGCAAAUCCCCCUUUCGAGGCAGAAAUGUGGAGAGCCUAAUGACAUGUUUUUCCCCAGGCAUGGCCUCAGUUCACUGCUCUCCGCUGGCGGGAUAACAUUUUCCUUCUCAGAAUUCUCUCUCUUUCGGCCUGUCAGUCUGGGUUACUCAUUGCACAAUUCCUCACCCACCCACCUGCUCAUUCCUCCACGUUGCAGGCGCAGAAAAGUCACUCUGUCCAGUUCCCAGAGGGCUUCAUAAGAGAGCUGUUUACGGAGGAGCUGGACAGAUUAAAGACAAACCUGCAGCCAGAAGAAGACCACCAGGCAUUUGGCUGGAUCUAACAGGAGGAAGGUAAGCAGGGGGAGAACGUACUGAAGUUGCAGUAGGAGGCAAGAGAAGAAUAUUCACUGUUAGGAAGGAGAAGAGAUUGAGAACAGAGGCUCCUUUGCAGAGCAGAGAAGAGAGGAUACCUGCACCAUGGAGAACUUCAACUAUGAGAAGCUCCAAGAAGAAACACCACCGACCCAGGAUCCUCCGCCUUAUUCUGACAAAGAGCAACAACCUCCUGUGGAUGGGCCAGGACCCGCCAUGCCACAGCAGUACCAGCCUUAUUAUACCCCGUAUGGGGGAGCCUCCAACCAAGGGCCCAUCGUUCAACCUCCCCAGCAUACCACCAUCAUUGUUCCUGUGCAGCCCACCUACGAACCGGAUUACCUGGCGUAUUCCAUCUUCACCAUGCUCUGUUGUUGCCUGCCUCUGGGAAUCGCAGCCCUGGUUUACUCCGUACAGACCCGAGAUGCCAACCUCAUCGGGGAUGGUGUUGCUGCGCGGCAGAGCUCCAGGAUGGCGCGGAUCCUUGCCCACACUGCCCUUGGCAUAGGGCUCGUGUUCAGCAUUGCAUACAUUGUCGUCAUGGUAGUUGAGAUUUAAUGGGGCUUCUCAGCCGCCAUGUUCCAAGAACGCCCCUGAUGCACCACUCAGAGGAGUCCUGGUUUGAAGCCAUUUUCCUUCAGUCGUUUCACAGAGGGAUGCACCCUGAGAUGGUUCACGCUUGCAUGAACUAAUUCCCUGGAGAAACAUCCAAGCGACCAUCCAAAGGGGUUUGAACAUCUUCCCCCAGUGGUACAUCUGUUGCGGCCCAUUCAAGUACACAGUGUCAAGUAUACAAUGUCAUGCAUGAACCAGUUUGACAACGCACAAACAGCCCACACUGAAAUGAUAGAACAAGGGCAGAGGAACUGAUCAUGGCCAAGGAAGCAUGGGAAGAUACUUCCCACAGGACCAUUUGAUGGCUUGACUGUAGCUAUGCUGCUAUCUGGGUUUGCGGGCUAGAUGGGUUGAAGGACCAGCUCCAGUGUUGCUAAUGUUAAAACAAACAAACAAAACCAUGAGUCAUUCCCUUAAACAGGUCUCAGAUUCAGCAGGAGCUCACAGGAGCACAGCUCCUGAACCUUUCUGAGGAUUCCACCUCCUCCUCCCCACCUUGUCCAUUGAAUAGUAGAUGCAGCUGCAUAACAAUUCCUGGAUGAGCUCCACCACUUAUUUUUCUACAAAACGACUCCUGCCCUUAAAUAAUAGCAUAAAUAGAUCCCUGCUGAAUCGGACCAGUGGUCCUUAUCUAGCCCGACAUCCUUGUCUCACACAGUGGGCAAAUAGCUCCUCUGGUUGGCCAACAACAGAGCAUAGAGGGCAAGACCUUCUCCUGAUGUUGCCUCCUGGCUCUGGGAUUCAGAUGUUCACUGCCUCUGAAUACAGAUGUGCUCUUUAGUCCCCAUGGCUAGUUGUUGCUGAUACACCUCUCCUCCAUGAAUCUGUCUAAUCCCCUUUAAAAGCUGUUUAUUUUUGUGGCCAUCACUGCAUCCCGUGGCAGUGAAUUCCACGUUUUGAUUGGGAUGAUAGUGGAAUGAUAAUGGGUUUAGAAUUCAGAUUAGCCUUUUCUAGCCUUCUUUAUUUUCAGACAUCUGGCCAGGUGACUCUCCAUCUCAAAAGCUCAUUCUUUUGCCCACCUCCCCUUUGUCUUGUCUAAUGACCCUGGGCCUUCCUGCCCUGAAAUGGCCUCAUUCCCUUGGCUUGCUGCCUUCUCUCCCCUAGAUCCUUUUGUCUGCCUAAUCCUUCUCUCGCAUCAGAGAAAUCCAGCCAAUGGCUCUUUAAGGCUCUUUUGCCUGCCCUGACUUUCUGUGAACUUUGAGGCGGUUCAGCCAAUCACUGGCAGCGAUACCACUGUCACCAGGAAAUUCUUGAGUGCAUCGGUACAGACACUGUGAAUGAUGUAAAUUGAUGUUUGUUUGUUUUUUGUGUUUCUAAGGUUUGUUUUUAAUUGUGACAGUUUUAAUUCAAAGUUAUUCCAAGUGUGAUCCUAUGCAGACGUUAAAUGAAGAGAUUUCAUACAGUUAGAAAGACUGGGGCUGACAUAUAAAUGUACAAUGAAUCAAUAAUAUUUAAAAACAAACCUAACUUAUAUUUUUCACCGGUAUGCUCUGUAGCCUUUGUGGUACCCAAUUUAUGUGAAGCGACAUCGUUUAUCAGCUUGUGACCACUGACUGUUACCAAAGAAGAAAACCAUUUUCUUAAAGGCUUGUAAUCAAACCACUAUAACUUUUGUAAUGUAAAAAGGAACAAAGAAAUAAUAAAACUACCAUAGAUAGACCAGCUGAUCAACCAGCUGAAAGUAUGGUCAUGUGAACUCUUUGCUGCAUUUUGUGCUUUGAAUUCAUAUGCUAAAUCACCUUGUAUCAGCUAGGGAGAUCAUUUUGUGAUAUAACUGAUUCAAGAGAAACUGUCAUUAUCAUUAAAUGUCUUUGAAAUGCCA